UGUCAAAACGUCAUAACACCAAAGUUAUAGGUGACAAAAUGGCGUUUGCUUUUUUUUGCCUUUUGUUUGUCUUAGUUGCUACAAAUCUAUUAGUUUCAGGAAAUGAUAGUCCCAAUUAUAACAGGAUUUAUCCUCAGGAAUAUGUUGAUUCUUUGGAGGAUAAACUAACUUUACAACAAAAACAGAUUGAUUUCCUUGUUCAACAGGUGUCUGAACUGUCUAAAGUGAGUAAAAUUCAGAGAUCUGAAAUUGAUGAACUGAAAAAUGAGAAAAGGAAUCGGUUACUUGCAGUGUCUGAAAGAAAAAGGUCCCAUGUUUCUGUACAAAAUCAAUGGUCUGUGCAAAUUGAUGAAGAGACAAUUGACAACACGGCUAACAACGAAGAUCAAAGCGUUAUCAGAAACGAGCGGUUGUUGAUACCCAAUCCGCAAACAACACAUCUACCAAAAACUAAUCUGGUUGCCUUCUAUGCGUACAUGUCGCAAGAUUUCCCCAACCCGGGGGCCUCCCACACACUGGUCUUCGAUACUGUCGUAACUAAUGUUGGUAGUGGUUACCAUAGCACCACGGGAGUUUUCCUGGCACCCGAAACAGGUGUAUAUGUCUUUAGUUGGUCCAUGCGCUUAGCCAAUGGAGAAUACCAUCAAGCAGAACUAGUUCAUAACUAUCAGGUGAUGGGUGUGGCCUAUCUGUAUGCCCCUACCGGGGAUCAUACGGUCAGUGAAACAAUUGUUAUUCAUGUAAACCAAGGUGAUGAUGUAUACCUCAGAACCCAAGGUGGACCAAAUAAUGGAGAUAUUGAAAGUGGGACUGGUGGUCGUUCCAUUUUCUCUGGAUGGAAACUGAAUUAGUUCUAUUUAUUCCAAAUUUUCAUUAUUUGCGAUUUAAAUAAUUUUGAAAUUAUAAGCACAGGGCGCAUCUGUUUUGAAUAAAUGAGCUUGCAUAU